AUGAAAGAGCGGUCUUGGAUGCCGCAAACAAUAUGUUAUCAUGAACCUAAAGUUCAUGAUUAUGAACUGUAUUUCCAGUUAACGAAGAUUAACCUAUAUUUUCUUUUACCACUAGCUGUGCUCGGGAUUCUGUUCAAUUCUGCUGCGCUGGUUUGCCUGUACAAUCCACCAAAAAUUUCCUCUGGUGUAUUCAUCUAUUUACGGGCAUUAUUAAUUUUGGACCACUGUCAGAUUAUAAUGACAUCUGCAGCUACAUUUAUACCGCAGCUAUGUGAUAGUCACCAUUCACAUAAUCAUACCUUCUACCAGUUUUGUAUGUAUGAAAGAAGGUUUAUGAAACAUAUUUUACCAAGACUGGAAACCACAGUCAAUGGUAUGCAUUUUUGGAUGGUUGCGGCUUUAUCAACUCAUCGGUACUGGAAGAUUUCACGCCCAGUGAUAUCGAGAGUCCGGGAUACGGUUGUCAGAGCUCAGUUCAUCAUAAUAACAAUGUUAUGUGUUGCCGUGCUUUAUCGAGCACCAAUAUUCUUCAUGGAGCUUGAACUGAAGAAGAAACCGUUUUGGAGGGUACAACGAAAGCCAGAGAUGACACAGCUGCUGUCUUGGUAUCGUUUUAUAUAUCAUUCAAUUGUUGAUCCAGCUUUAUCCAAUCUGAUCCCAUUUAUUUGUAUGGCAGCAUUUAGUUUGCUAACAUUGUACGAAAUUUUUCGGUCUCGUGAUUUUACCUAUAAACAACUGUAUUUUCAUUUUAACGAAAGUAAAGAGAAAAAUAACACCUUCACCACUUGUUUUCCGAAUCGAACGGAAAGUAUAAGACAACGACAGGAAUGGCGCGCUACAAUCUCCAUUAUAUUAAUUAUCGUAUUAUAUUUAAUUUUUCAUUCCCUACAAUUUUAUAAUGUUAUUCGAAAAUGGCAACUACUGAUCACUGCUGGAUGCCCGACCAGAGCGGACUAUAUACAAUCAGAAAUCAGCAACGUACUAUCAAUGUUAUCAGCCUCCGCUAACGCAUUCGUUUAUAUUGCCUUCACCAAUCGUCUUCAGCGGUACAUUCGGCAACUGGUACGGCGAACAUCACGGUCCUUUUCGACAUCUACAGAACCUCCCCUUAGUCCACCGCAUUCAGCAACCGCUGUAUUCGAUCACGCUCUUACAUGUAAUCGCCGUGAUUCUUCUGUUUGCCUCUGA